CUGGAAAGUGUGUGAAGAAAAUUGUACGGACACAUCGCAAGAUGGUGACUUGAAUACUUGAGACUUGAUCGGGGUGAUCGCGGAUGCUGGGAAGGCGAUGAGGAAGAUCUGGACAAGACCGGCUGGCACCUAGUCAUGGAUUGCGAAGGCGGCGGCGGAGGAGCAGCAGCAGGAGCAGCGGCAUCAGGAGUUGGAGGUUGUCGAUGGCCAAGUGGCCAAGUACCAAGUACCCAGCGACUUGGAUCGCCAGAAGUUGCCGACUCACAAUGUGUGUGCGCAAAGGCUUUAAGAAAUGCCGAAUUCCAGAAGCUGCAGUACAAUCAGUUGAAUUAAAAAACGAGCGCACAGACAGAGGACGACGUCUGGAUGGGAUUCGGAUUGGGGACUGGGGAUGUGGCUGUGGAUUGGGAUUGGGAUGGGGAGACGGGGUCCCUCCAGUGGAUCGCCGGCGAUAUCAUCGCGUGGUGAGCGCGGGCUAGGAAAUUAAGAGGACAUUGUGGCGGCAUGCGGUUAGAACUCGCAGCGGCGGCUUAAACACAAAAUCCGCGGAGGAGAUUCCUUGCGUGGCUGCGUUGUUGGUGGCUUUCGGACAGCUGGACGCUGCCUGACAGAGGUCGCCCUCGUACGUAAUCGACGAGCAUUGCAAAUGCUUGUGUCCUCCGCCUGCGUCUUGUGCUGCGCACGUGGCCAUGUUGCAGGCGCAGCAGCAGCAGCAGCCGCAACAACAGCAGCAGCAACAGCAACUGCGGCCAGAGCCAAGCAGCAAAUCAUUGAAAUGUCGUUAGAGGCUCGAGCGGCACGCAGCGUCGAUAGUCAGCGAAACCGCAAAAUGCUUUUAAUUUCUCAAACUGAUAUGCACCCGUGCUCCCACCGCCGCGGAGGAAGCCGGGGCCAGAGGUUUGGUCUUUGUUUCUGCCUCGGGUUUUCUAUUCCAGCUAAUUCGGUGGAAAACGUAAUGAUGAGGAACUGGGGCUAGAGUUCACAGCACUAGAUUUGCCAGGGAAAGAUGACAAAGAAGUAUUUAGUACAGUAGUAAAAGAUAAACAUUUCUAAGCCAAUUUCAUUCGGAUAUUAAGCACAUACACACAUGCAACAAUCAUGAAAAAGAGAAAAUGUUUAAAUAUAGUUCAUAACUUUGAGUAUAACAUCUUGAAUAAAAUUUUGAAAUAAAUACGAAUCGCAGAAGCCAA